GUUCGAGAGAAAGUGUUUUGGUUAGCAUCGAGCCCUCUAGUGAACGAUUGAAUUAAACAAAUUCUGAACAAAUUGCUGGUUGGGAUAGUCCUACAUUAAUUUUGUCUUUUUAUAGAUAACAACACCACCAUAGUAAAUCGGUAAAUGUUCAGAUAAGCGCACAUAAGCGCGAUUUUAACAAAGAAAAGCGCGACGAAGUUGCUCAGUAUGAGUAUAACCGAACCAAACACACAGACGGCAUCACAUCAGGCACUCCAGGCGGCUCUACAAACCUUGAAAGAGCGAUGCCAAACAUUCCAGCGACGAAUUACGGUACUCGAGGAGGAAAAUGGCUCACUUCGGGCACUACAGGUACAAACUACCGUGCCCGACAACCGAACAGUUAAUCAAACCGAGCUAAAGCAACUGCGGGAAACCGUAGCCGAGCUAACACACCAAAAGAUUCAGAUGACGGAACAGAUUUCCAUGGUGGGGACAGAAAAUAGACAGCUCUGGAGGCGGUUGUCUUUAAUCGUGAAGGAUCUCGGUGAUGUGGAGGGCGUGAACGUUGGCCCCACAGCAACAAUGAUGACAGUAAAUCAACAGCAGAGAGCACCACCACCACCCGCAUCAGCCGCUAACAAUCAAACAGGUCAAAACCUAAUCCGAUCGCGCACGUUCACGAAGCACGCACCGAAUCCGAAGUUGCGCGAGCGCUUGCAGCGCGAAAAUUCCGCGGAUGAAGAAGGUAUUAAUUUGGAAGAUAUUUCCCUGUUAAACACCUGCGGUUUCCUAGAAUCGUCUAAUGUAGAUCUUGGACAUGAUGAGGAACUGCUACGUGCGGCACUCGAGGCGAACCCGGACAUUAGUCGAUGUACGGAUGGAUUGCUCGAUAUAAAGAAGGAACUGGGGCGACAGCAGACAGUGAUGUGGGACCUUUAUCAUCAGUUUAGAGCAGAACUCUGCAAUCGAUGCAGUACGAAAUCGUCCGAGACCGAAAGCGAAAAGCUCAUGAAGGAUGUUAUGGUAGGGGUGGCUGAAAGCGAGCUAGCGCCACGAAAACCCCCCGCCACGAAGAGUGGCCAGUCGCGGGAGGAAAAUGCACCCGUGCGUUGUACGGAUGCGUUAAUGUUUAACAAGGUUAGCUUGAAUCUGCUGCAGGAAAAGCUGCGUACCAAUGGGAUGAAGAAGGUUUGCCCUAUGUGUGGGCUGUUGUACGGGCAGGACACGGUUUUUGAAGAGUUUCAAACCCACGUGGAAUCUCACUUUUUGCACGACGGUGAAAUGGAUGAGCUUAGCCUUGAUCGUACGUACGAGUACACGUCGCAAACCGUUGGCGAUUUCUGACCAUCAGCCGGACCGCGACGAAGUCGCAUAUUUUUCUCCAGCGAACUCUAACGGUGGGCGCCUUUGCCUAGCGUAAAUUGUAUGAAUUCCAAAACGGAAAUUCCAAUUCUGUCCAUCAACCAUUUUUCGCAUGCAGUGUAACAUGUAUCAAGUGCACUUCAUUUUCGACUCGUCCGUAUAAUAUUGUACGAUAGCAUUACGGCUAAUAAAAAUAUAUUGACGCAAAGCUGACUAUAUACUGCAGGCAGAAUGACAGAAAAUAAAAUAUGUUAUU